UUUUUUUUUUUUUCACUCUCAGAUUCCAGAUUUUGUCAGAUAUUAUCCUGCGGAAACCUUAUUUAUUCAGCUUGGAGAUGAUGUAUGAAUCUUAAUUUCAAAAAAUUGACCCUUAUGACUGGUCUUGUGGUCCAGGCUCAAAUUUUACAGUAGCACCAGUGUUUGCCGGGACGCUUUGGUUCCCAUUGUGACAUUUUUGGUAAGGGCGUCCCGUUAUGAGUGUGUGAUAUGAAGCAGGAGGGGCGGAUCAGUCACUCAUGACUUUAUUCACUUCCACAGCAGGAUUCACUCCGCGCAACACGAGCAACUCCUGCAAAAUGACAGUUGGAGACGUUUAACGCAGCUGGAGAUGGACAACAGCACCGUGACGCGCAGGAUGGAGCCCACCAUCCCUGCCAUCAUGUUCAUUUUUGGGGUCAUCAGCAACCUGAUCGCCAUCGUGGUGCUCUGCAAGUCCAGAAGGGAGCAGAAGGAGACCACCUUCUACACGCUGGUCUGCGGUUUAGCUGUCACGGAUCUCCUGGGAACCGUCCUGGCGAGUCCGGUGACCAUCGCCACUUAUGUGAAGGGCGCAUGGCCGGAUGGAGACCCCCUGUGCCAGUACUUCGGAUUCGUCCUGCUCUUUUUCUCCCUCGCCGGACUCAGCAUCAUCUGCGCAAUGUCCAUCGAGAGAUACAUCGCCAUCAAUCACGCGUAUUUCUACAACGACUACGUGGAUAAGAAGCUCGCCGGAGUCACGCUGCUCGCCAUUUACGCAUCCAACAUCCUGUUCUGUGCGCUCCCGAGCGUUGGUUUCGGAGAGGUCAAGAUGCAGUACCCUCAAACCUGGUGCUUCAUCGACUGGCGGACCAAUGUAACCGCGCACGCGGCGUUCUCCUACAUGUACGCGGGCUGCAGCUCGCUGCUGAUCCUGGUAACGGUGAUCUGUAACGUGCUGGUGUGCGGCGCGCUCAUCCGGAUGCAUCGGAGGUUCGUCAGGCGCACGUCGCUCGGCACCGACCCGACCAGAGCGUCCGAUCCCGGCAGGAGCCGCAGCGUCCGCCGCCUGGCUGGCGCGGAGAUCCAGAUGGUGAUUCUGCUCAUCGCCACCUCCGCCGUCGUGCUCAUUUGCUCCAUUCCGCUCGUUGUCCAGGUGUUUCUUAAUCAGCUUUAUAAGACACCGGUGGAAAAACGUCUGGAUAAAAAUCCAGAUCUGCUGGCGAUUCGAUUUGCCUCGACCAACCCCAUUCUAGAUCCCUGGAUCUACAUCCUGCUGCGUAAGGCGGUUCUCUCCAAGGUAAUCGAGAACAUCAAGUGUCUUUUCUGCAAAAUCGACUCUCAGAGACAGCAAGGACAGAACAGCUUCCACUGCAUGGACGGAGCGCAGGCGUCCUCCAUCAUCUCCAGAGACUCUCCAUCCGCUGUGUCUCGAGAAUUGAAAGAGGUGACGAACACCUCACAGACGUUUCUCUAUCCGCCUGAGAGCCUGGGCACCUGUCAAUCAAACCAGUGUGGGCGGUGCUUAUCUGACGCUUCUUCGGAAUCCUCCAAUCAGAACAGUUUAGACAGUGGGUCAAAAGAUCAACCGUUACAAGUGACGAUUACCAAUGAGACGUUUCAAGAGAAGAGCAUUUGACUUCUCCAGGAUGUUGAUUUCAGAUCAGUGAAGUGAAAUGUAAAUGUGUAAAUGUCAUUAAAGGAACAGUUCGGCCAAAAAUGAAAAUCUGCUGAAGAUGUGCUCACCAUCAGGUGAUGUAGAUGAGUUUGUUUCUUCAUAAUCCAUAAUAACGCUUCCUCCAGUGAAAAAGUCCAUUUCCUGUUGUCUCCCACAUCAAAAUCCAGCCACGUAUUUGUUUAGAGCUGUUUUGGCAUGUAAACGGUGCUUGAUCUGUGGGGAUUUCUCUCCUGAUUCAGAUCAGACCACUUUUCACUGGAGGAAGUGAAAUUAUAAUGAAUAAUGGACUCGAAUUUAGGUAAAAUGUCUUAAUGAUGGAUAUGUUAAGAUGUUAACUGAUGGACUGGAGUGGUGUAGAUUACUUGUGGAUUAUUGUGAUGUUUUAUCAGAUGUUAUUCUGACGGCAUCCAUUCACUUCCAUUGGUGAGCAAGUGAUGGAAUGACACAUUUCUACAGAUCUGAUAAAGAAACCAACUCAUCUUACUGUGUGCUUCAAUAACU